AGCAAUUUCCAUCUUCGAAAUCCAUCAAAACAUAUAUCCAUAUACGUACAAUCAACUGGUAUCUUCGUUUUUGCUCAUUACCUUGAAAAUGGCACAUUACCAAAACCAGCACGCUGCACCUGCAUCCCAAGUCGACGAAUACGGCAACCCGAUUCGCACGGAUCAAUAUGGCAACACAAUUCGCACGGACGAAUAUGGCAACCCGAUUCGCACGGACGAAUUUGGCAACCCGAUCCACCACAUGACCGGCACCGCCGGUGGAUACGACACCACCACUCUCCAAGGUAUGAGUCAUGAUGUAACGGGGACUGGCGCCCACGGCGUUUCUGGCAAGCUUCAUCGCUCUGGAAGCUCAAGCUCUAGCUCUUCGGAGGAUGAUGGGCAUGGCGGGAGAAGGAAGAAGGAGGGGCUGACGGAGAAGAUAAAGGAGAAGAUACCUGGUGUUGGACACAAGGAUCACCGUAGUAAUACAAGUGCAAGUACCACAUAUGGUUACGAUGAGGGGCAACUACACCAUCAGGAGAAGAAGGGGGUGAUGGAAAAGAUCAAAGAGAAGCUUCCUGGACACCACUAGCUGUCGCUAGCUAGCUCAUAUAUGUAUAUUAUUAUAUAUACAUACGUAUUUCGUUUUCUUUGCAUAA